GGCCCCGCUCCCGCCCUCCGCCAAUGACGGCCGGAGCCGUCACCGCGCUGCGUCACGGCGGCCGCCAAGAUGGCGAAGGUGUCGGAGAUGUACGACGUGACUUGGGAAGAUAUGCGUGAUAAAAUGAGGAAAUGGAGGGAAGAAAACUACCGAAACAGUGAACAGAUAGUGGAUGUUGGAGAAGAGUUAAUUAAUGAAUAUGCAUCUAAACUUGGAGAUGACAUUUGGAUAAUUUAUGAACAGGUGAUGAUUGCUGCCCUGGACUGUAGUCGAGAUGAUUUGGCACUGUUUUGUCUUCAGGAACUGAGGCGGCAGUUUCCUGGGAGCCACAGAGUUAAGCGAUUAACUGGGAUGAGAUUUGAAGCCAUGGAAAGGUAUGAUGAUGCUAUCCAGUUAUAUGACAGAAUUUUACAAGAAGAUUCAACUAACACAGCAGCAAGAAAGCGUAAGAUUGCCAUUCGAAAAGCCCAGGGGAAAAAUCUCGAGGCCAUCCGAGAGCUGAAUGAGUAUCUGGAACAAUUUGUUGGUGACCAAGAAGCUUGGCAUGAACUUGCAGAACUUUACAUCAAUGAACAUGACUAUGCAAAGGCAGCCUUCUGCUUAGAGGAGCUUAUGAUGACUAAUCCUCACAACCACUUAUAUUGUCAACAAUAUGCUGAAGUUAAAUAUACUCAGGGGGGGCUUGAAAACCUUGAGCUGUCAAGAAAGUAUUUUGCACAAGCACUGAAGCUUAACAACAGAAAUAUGAGAGCUCUGUUUGGACUUUACAUGUCUGCCAGUCAUAUUGCUUCCAAUCCAAAAGCAAGUGCAAAAAUGAAAAAAGAUAAUAUGAAAUAUGCCAGCUGGGCUGCAAACCAAAUAAACAGAGCAUACCAGUUUGCAGGUCGCAGUAAGAAAGAAACUAAAUACUCCUUGAAGGCAGUGGAAGACAUGUUGGAGACCCUGCAAAUCACUCAGUCUUAGCUUGGCACAGAGAACUAAUAUGAAAUUUUCCAAUACCACACUCAACCUGUAAUGACCUGUGGGUUAUGUUACUCUAGUGCUGUUAAAAGUUAAUUUUGUAUUGAUUACAUGCUAUAUAAAAUAACAUUUUAUGAAAAGUAAAAUGCCUAUUUAUUGCUGCUAUAAGAAAUGUGAUCAAUACCCACUGAAAUUAAUAACUUAUCUACAUAAACAACACAAAGAAAUGACGUGCUGCACAUCAGUAUACUCAGAUUUUUGUAUGUACAGUACUUGCUUCUAAGCCAUAAUUUGUAGAAAUAAACUUAUUAAAUGAUUAAAAAAAUACAGACUUAAAUUUAUAUAUGUAGAUGAAUAACAUAUGCUAAAUAUUUUUCUUAAUUGCACAUUUAAGAGUAAAAACAUGCUACAGAGGUACACUUUCUGGAAAAUACAUCAAGGAGUGAUUAUGAGUACACUUUAUUAGAGAACAGAGUUUGUUAAGGGUUUUCUUAAUGAGUUCAUAUCUAGUACUGUAGAAAUGGAGAAAACUUAGUUGUGGACUUUGCUUCCAGGGUGCUGUUGUACUGGCUUAAGGGCAAAGACAUUUUUCUCUGUGGCUUUGUGGGCAAAUGCUUCCAUGCCCACAUAAUUCUCUGAUCGGUGUAUGCAUAUUCUUUUUUUUUUUCUUCCUUCUCUGUCUCCUUUCUUGUACAUGUGUUGCACAUGGUGAAUUUCCGCUGGGGCUCUGUGCUGGUCUCUACAGCUCUGUGUCCCUGGUAUGGGCACCCAUUUGCUGUGGUGCUUCUCCACUUGGAGCAAGGGGUACUGCACUGACAGGGUGACAUGAGAGCUUGUUCAGGUGCCUUGCACUUUCUGAGGGGUAGUGUUUGUUACACCAUCAGCACGAAGCAUCCAGCACACUGUAAAACUGUGGUCUUUUUGUCUUCAGGCACUGGUUUAUUUCCUCAGAUAAUGAGUCAAACACCCUAAUUCAAUAUUUUGCACCUCUGAUCAUUCUGGGUGUUGUUCAGAUGUGCACUGUGGCAAUUCAGUUGCACAGCUAUCAUUUCAUUUACUACAGCUUCAGUAAGAUUGUAUAACAGCAUCAAUGUACCCUUGGCAAAUUCUAAUACCAGUGUUGCAAUGUUGUUUUCAUGGCUGCUACAACCAUCCAGGAUGAUUAGACUUUUAGAUUUUAUACUGCCUGAUUUAUAUAGAUGGAUAGGUUAAAGGCUGUGUAUUGAAAUGUAUUCAUUAUGAUCCUGGACUUGUUGUAAUAAAAUACAGCUGAGUUCCUUCUUAAAGACAAACCAGCAAAAAAACUUCCUUCAAAGCUUGUAAAUGUGUAUAACCGAGCUGUUUUUUGCAUGAGACUGGGCCUUCAAGAAACAUGUAGGAUCUCAGUUUUAUCCACGAAGUAGGUUGGAGUGUGACAGAAUGGAUGCCAUGACAUGAGAAUUAAUUGUAUGUGGAAUCAUAAAAUAGCUUAAUCACUGCUGUUGAAAUACAAAACUGCAGAUAUUGCAUAAUGUUUUAUUAAAUCACCCAAUUGUAACUUGGGGAAAUAGUGCAUAUCCUUUUAUAAUAAUAAUUCACAAACUGGCCUCAGAACAGUACGUGUGGCUAGAUUAUAUAUGCUUUGGGUGGAAAACAUCAAAGUCAGAAGAUAUCAUAGUUGGUGCUGUGUAUUUCUGUUGUAGUCGUUUGAUUGUAUGAGUGUGCCAUCUAGAGUUUUAAGCCCUCAUUAGUAAUUUUUUCUGUUGCACCUACAUCUCGUGUAACUUAGUUGCAUUUUAAAAUGAAACUCGGUGGGAAAGUUAAAAUUACUUAGUGCAUAACAAUUACCUCCAAGCUGUUAAAAACCAGCAAUGCAGUAUUUUUGUGUAGCAGGCACAUUCUGCUGAAAUAUGAUGUAUAUAAAGCUUUGUUCAGAGGCAGCUUUUAAUAAAGCAGUGUCAGACUUGGGCAUUUAGUAUAUCAGUUUCUCUGUAAGGAAAUUUGUUCUGUUUCUUGUUUUCAGCUAUUUGAUGACAAUUUUCAUGUCAUUUGGCUGCUUAGCACCUUCUCAUUUUCAUUAGUUUGGCAUCUCUUUGAAAUUACUAUUUAGCACUCUGAUUUGUGCUUGUAUUUUGGCAAGAUUUCCACAUAGUAGAGCUUACAAGUCAACCUUGCAAAUAUUUCUGACAAAUUUAUGUUUACUUCAAAGGUUAAAUAAAUUACUCCAAUGAAAAUGCAUGGGCAAUCUCCAACAGAACUAUUGAAUUACAGCAAUGGAAAUUGAGAGUAUUUUCCAUAUUGAAAUUUAAAAAUGAAGUUUAAAAAUCCUCUGCAGGGGCAGUAACUGCUUGAAAUGCCCUGCACUCAGCAAGAAAGGGCUUGCUGAGAAGAGAAGCUGUCAUAUAUUAUGAUCUUUAUAAAAGUAAUUUUCCAAUUCUAGUAAAUGAUUUUGUAAUGUUACAGAUGCUGUGUUGCAUUAAAGAAUAGGUUUUCAGAGAAUGGGUUACUUAAUUAACAAAUGAACUUCAUUAUGUUCUGUAUUGUGCUCUGACAGUGACAAAUGCUACACAAAAGUAUUAUCAAGCAUUCAGUCUCCUCUUUCCAAAAUAAAAGUCUAUGUGUUCAUAUUGUCUCAGUUGACAGCAAAAGCUUGGGACAUUUGCAAUGCCAGGCUGUGUAGCAAUGACUAUCUUUAUUUUCUCAACCAUACUUUGGUAAUAGGCUUGACAAGGAGAGCUCAGUGUUACCUGAUGAUGUAAAAGUCAUUGAGGAGCCACCAAAACCUCCAGUUCUGCCUUUGUGAUACAAGUUAUUGGUAACUUUGUCAAAACCUUUUGUCCAAAUGUUAUGCAAUUCAUAUUAUGUAGCUGCAAAAAGCAAAUCUUGUUUAGAAUGUAUCCCUAAAUCUCUUCAGUUCAGUGCCCAGAAUAUCUUACGGUUGCCAUUGGAAACUCUGUUAUUAGUCAACGGAGGACUUCCUCUUGGCACUGCUGUAUUUGUAAUGGCAUCCAUGUUUGCUAGUCACUGCAUUUACAGUGGAACUUGUAUUUCAGCCAGCUUUAGAAGGGAGGGGAAAAGGAAAGCAAAUUAAACUUGACUUACUG